CAUCACUUAUUGGGCUAUAAAACAGAAACUGCUUCUCAGGACCAUCACACUUCAGACUCUCAUUUGAAACUAUCAACACAAAGCAUCUGCUCAAACGAAAACCAAAUGGCUGAGUACAUCACAGACCUUGAGGUCUCUCUGACCGUAGCUGAGGAGAGUCUGUACCGUGACCAAGGCUACACCCAACUUCCCGGUAAUCUGAACUCUGGAACCAAAGGAAAGCAAAUAUUCCUCUGGUUCAAAAAAGGCAAAGCAGACGCCAUCACCAGGAUCCAGUUCUCUUUCUGUCGUGAUAUGACUCUAGGCCUGAUCCAAGCAGGUUACACCAAGAUUGAGAAAGACCUCAAUACGGGAGCAGGUGGAGACACUAUCCACCUGUGGUACUACAAAGGGUCCUCAGCGUCCGAUGUUCCCAUCACUGACCUUGCUGUUACCCUUAAUAACGAUUCUGAAGUCCAGAGGUACAAAAGUGGCUGGAAGAGAUUGGCCUGUGAUACGAACAGGAAUGCUGGAGGAAACUGGAUCUACCUGUUUGUGAGGAGAGCAAAACCAGUGUACAUCAGUGACAUCACUGCCAGUGGUAGCUUUAAUGAAGAUAAUGACAGGUUCCAGAAGGGUUACAUCCGUGUGGAUGAAGACACCAACAAAAAGGCAGGAGGAAGUUUUGUCUUCAUCUGGUACCAACUGACCACUGAUGAUAAGCAGGCCCUCAAAGCCCCCCUGAAAGUCUCCACUAAUAAUGAUGAGUAUCAAAAUUAUAAACAACAAGGCUACAAACUAGUGAACCAGGAUCUCAAUGAGGGGACCGGAGGCAACCGCAUUUUUCUGUGGACGAAACACAACUCAGGAAAUCCCAUCAGGGAUGUGUCGGUGAUCAAUGAGGUGGAUAUGGAAGCAUUUGAGAAAGCUGGGAUCAAUGUCAUCACAAAAAACCUUAAUGGAGGCAACGAUGGUCAGGUUCAGUACGUGUGUUUCACUUAAAGAUUCUGCACUGAGCUCACUCAGAGGGGAAAACAGAAAUAAAACAAAUCAUUUGGUCCUAAAUCCGGUUGGUGAUGGGCUCUUUAUGAAAUUAUUUUAAUCUCUGUGAUUCUGUGCAAAAAGCCUAUAAUACAAUGAUCACUAUAUUAAGACAUGAAUGGGUUUCAUUGUGAUGUUUUCUCUAAAGUUUCAAAUAAAGCUUUGCUUCAAUCUGAAA